AUGGUUAUGAAGCUAUUCCCCGAUAAUUUGUUGGACCUAAUCGGCGGUCCUGGUCCCUUUGAGGCGGUUGCGAAGGACUUCUAUCAGCAUUCCUUCUCUGACCCCAUUCUCGGUGUUCUGUAUGAAGAUAAGACCGAACCUCAUGAUCUGAUGAUGUGCCGUUGGUUUUUCGAACAAAAUGGUCUCACUGACGAGAUGACCAAACGUGGCGGCAGCAAGUUGAUUAAUGCGAAGCAUCGCAAGGCUGAGAACCGCCCAGAGAGAGCUACUGCUCCUAAGGAGGCCGGUUAUGUUGGUGGUGCUUUUACUAAAGCCCAACGGAACCGUUGGCUUAGAUAUCAGUUGAUGGCUUGUGAAGAUUUCAACUUGCCCAAGGAGUUCGUUCGUGGUUACAUUCAUGGUUUAUGCGUGUUCAUGAGUGCGUAUGGUCCCUUUGUUGAAUCACGUGUGGAGGACGGUCCCCAAACUGGAAAGUGUCCAGCAAGUGUGAGCGUCACCACAACUCCUGAGCAAGCUAAGAUCUUGACGGUCCACCCCAACUUACCAGGCUACGAUAUGCCCGGCGAGCUCGGCAACUUCCAGAAGAUUACUAUUCCUGAAGAGUGUCGGGCGACUGGUGCUACUCCCCUGCCUGCUUUUGCCAAGUGAAGAGUUACUCACUUCGACGAUUGAAGGCCACAGGUCUGUGCCGUGGCAUUUGUAUUCUUCAGUAUCGCUGUGAUUUCAUAACAUUUGCUUGGAAAUUCAUUUCUCACCGUUCCUUAUCCACAGACUCGCUCCUUGUUUAGAGGAGAUAUUGUUCUGUAGUUGAUGGUAUAUCUUUU